GGUAGAUCGGAUCACCACCACCAGAACAUCCAAGAACCCAGAUAUGAUGCCAUUCGGGUGCACUCCUAGCUUUGACGAGUCGAGACUUGACUUUGCAACUGUACGAAAGUCAGAUACCGUGUCGCGAGGAGCGUGUGAGCGUGAAGGUGUUCACGAACGAGCAAAAUGGUGGAAUCUCUAGUCAAGAACCCAUAUCAUCCCAUCCUGCCUCAAUAUCUGGAAGGCAUGGACCCGGUAUUUGUCGAAUACUACAACAAAUACCACCUCCACGCCCAAGAGGUUCAGGAAGUUCCAAUAGAUUUGUACAGGACGGACCCAGCCUAUGCUCUCAUGCCUCCUGGAAGGAGUACAGGUCCUGAAGUUGCCAAAAUCAAAGAUAUCAAAGUCCCGGUCGAUGGAGGGGAAAUAUAUGUCCGAGUCUACGAACCAGACACUGCCAGUGCUCAAGGUCUACGCCCCUGUUAUAUCAACCUACAUGGAGGCGGAUGGACUGUCGGGGGUGGUCGAGACAUUGACGCACCGUUCUGUCGGCUCUUGACCGCUGAAUUGGGCUGUGUGGCAUUUGAUGUUGAUUACAGACUGGCACCUGAGUUCCCCUACCCUGUGCCGCUGACUGAUUGCUGGACUGCCAUUCAAUACAUUCUCGAGCACGCCUCCGAAUACAGCAUCGACACUACUCGAAUUGCCGUGGGCGGGUGUUCAGCAGGAGGGCACUUGUCCGCCGUAACGAGUAUCCUGGCUAGAGACCAAGGCACACCGUUUGUGUUCCAACUGCUAGGUUGUCCAUGUAUCGACGCGAGCGCCACAGACGAGAGUGGCGAGGUGAAGGUGGCCGACGACUGUCCAUACGAGAGUUGGCGAACGAAUGCAGAGGCGCCUUGUUUACCAUUGACAUCCAUGGUCUGGUACCACAACAACUUCUUAGGAGUGCCGCGACCUCAAGGCUACAAAAACGACUGGAAGUUAUCCCCAAUUAAGGCACCGAGUCUCAAAGGUCUACCUCCCGCGUUGAUAGUCACAGCAGAAUUUGACGUUCUUCGCGACGAGGGAGAGGCUUAUGCUGAACGACUUAGGUCUGAAGGCGUCGACGUCACAUGUGUCCGCAUGAAGGGCGUGCCUCAUCCUUUCCCUUUGUUUGACGCCGUUAUCGACGCGGGCAAAGAGUACAAUAGGAUUGCUGUUGAGGCUCUACGAAAAGCAUUCCAAUAGAUGUCUGAAAUUUGAGCUACAUAAAUGCGCCACGGAG